AUCAGAGCAGUCAGAUUUCUUCACAAGAGUAAGCUGACACACACUGACUUGAAACCAGAGAACAUCCUCUUUAUUAAUUCAGAGUUUGACAUCAAGUACAAUCCAAAAAUGAAGAGGGAUGAGAGAACGGUAAAGAAUCCUGAUGUGAAAGUAGUUGAUUUUGGGAAUGCAACAUACGAGCAUGAGCAUCACACCUCAGUGGUGUCCACUCGACAUUACCGAGCUCCAGAGGUUAUUCUGGAUCUUGGCUGGAGUCAUUCCUGUGAUGUGUGGAGUGUGGGUUGCAUUCUUAUUGAGUAUUAUUUGGGAUCGACUCUAUUUCAGACACAUGACAGUAAAGAGCAUCUGGCCAUGAUGGAGCGAGUGCUGGGCCCUAUACCCACACACAUGCUGCAGAAAACAAGGAAGAAGAGAUACGUUCACCAUGAUAAGCUGGACUGGGAGGUUCACAGCUCCUCGGGUCGUUAUGUUCGGAAGAAGUGCAAGCCGUUGAGACAAUACAUGGCAUCCAGUGGCUCUGACCAUGUACAGCUGUUUGAUCUCAUAGAGAGGAUGCUGGAAUAUGAUGUCACGAAGCGGAUCACCCUGGAUGAAGCCAUCAAACACCCUUUUUUCGACUUGAUCAGGAAGACAAAGAAAUAAGUGAUGGAUUCUCUUGAUUUUUUGCUAUAGUUCCUCUCUGAGAGAGGCUGUUUCAGUUGACUGUAUCAGUCCUCUGUAUAGAUCAUACUCUGCUCCCUUCUUGUUUAUAUUUAUUGUGCUUGUUUUUCAGUUUAGUGUGACCUAUUGCUCUGGAUUUCUUCAUUGAUUUGUGCUUGUGUUAUCUGCAUUACUUGACAGAAUGAUGAGUAACUGUGAAUGGGGCAAGGUUUUAGGGUAUUAAACGUACGAUAAUUGUCACAGAUUUGUUAGCAUUAUCAAUAUAAACGUAGUGAUAUUUGUAAAUGUCUUUUCAGUUUUUCCUUUAUGUAAAUAAAAUAAGUUGAUCAAUAUC